AUGUUGAACUCUAUCAGCGAAGAAUCGAGUCUAUGCUACCGUGAAGAUAAAACCAGAAAACCUGGUAGCACUCUGGCAGUCCCACUUUCUGGCUCGGUAUGUAUAGAUACAAGAAGAAGAAGAAGUGACCGCGUCGGUGUUCGUUUCAAUCGGUCCAGACGCGGGGAGCCAGAACAAGAAUUGGAUACGUUCAACAAAUCUCCGGGACAAAAGUCAUCAACGGCAGCAAUGUUGUUGGAGAAUUUGUUGCGACAACAAAUGCAAGAAGCAGAGAAACAACCAGAACAACAAAACGGUGCGGUCUUCAAAGAAGGAAGGGCAUCUAGCUUCAAGAGCACGAAGGACAAGCAAAAAGUACUUGAAAUGGUUAGCAUAUGGGUAAAUCGUGUGCUAAACACUGGUGCACCAAAGUUAAUAGAAGAAUUUCGUGAACUUUCAAAAUGGAAACCGGAAGGGAUGACUACAAAAGCUUUCUCAGAAAAUAGACCACUAAACAGAUAUGUCGACGUUCCUUGUCACGACUCCCGGCGCGUGAUAUUAAAAUGGCCAGGCAUCGACAACGAUUACAUUCAUGCAAACUAUGUCGCUACACCAAGCAGAGAUCACCACUUUAUAUGCACUCAGGGACCACUUGACAACACAAUGCAAGCUUUCUGGGCGAUGGUGAUUCAAGAGAAAAGCGACUAUAUCUUAAUGCUCUGUAACACAGUGGAAUGUGACAAGAGAAAAUGCGAACAGUACUGGCCUUAUGAGGUUGGAGAGGUGAUGGUGUUCGGAGAGGAUAACGUAGGAAAAAUAACUGCAACCUCCAUGAAGGCUCAUCCCAUGUCCGAAGAGGACAAUUUUAUUCGUGUGAGUAAGAUCAAGUUGAGUUACAAGGAAAGUGGUAAUGAUAUGUCAAGAACUGUUUAUCACUAUCACUGGGAAAACUGGCCUGAUCGGGGUGUUCCUCCGACAAAACUUACCCCAAUUAACCUACUUGCUGAAGUACGCGGAUCUCAAACUCCAAUUAUCGUUCAUUGCUCGGCAGGCAUUGGAAGAACAGGGACAAUUGUAGCUAUCUCAUAUGUACAGGAAAAAAUGCAGAACGGAGAAGAUUGUCUCGCAAUGUGUGAAUUAUUAAAGGAAAUACGAACUCAACGAGCGUGCUCAAUUCAAAAUGCAUAUCAGUACCUCUACGUACAUCGCGUACUUCUCGCUUACUUCCUGGAAAAGUACAAAAAACGCUUUCAACAUUGCUUGGAUAAUGGUGGCGAAGAAAAAUACCAGCAAUGGUGUGCGGAUUACAAGAGGAUUACCGGCUGCGACUGA